ACCUGUUGUUCUUCCCAGUCUUUCCCCGUCAAACAUUUCCAAUAUGGUGUCCAAACACGUGUGUUUUUAAAACUCGCGGUUUACGAUUAACGCGUUUAUAACAAUCUGAAAGUAGGAUCUCCUCACUUGAGACUCAUCGGACACAAGGAGACUUUUGUUUUCCACCAGCAUGGUACAGAAAAAGGACAAAAAUACGUUUAAAUUUCAGCGUUUCGCUGAACGUGUUUCGAACAUUCGUCUGGACAUUUCGCAUCGCGUGGAGAAACGUACAGAAUCACCCGACGAAACUGAAACGUUUUGUUACGAUUCUCUUCUUAAAUGGCGCGAACUAAACUGUACUCUGCAUUUCCAGCAAGCAGCCAGGGAACUUCAACCGCUAGUUCAAACGCUUGCGCAACUAGUUCACCAUGAAACUCAAGUCAUUGAGAUUUUAAAGAAACAUUUGCAAAUCUCGGACAGCCUUGCGUUGGAGCCAUUAUUGGAUUUUCUUGUGAACUUGGCAAGAGACUUGCAGAAUGAUUUUUACCCUUAUUUCAAGGACUUCUUUCAUAUCUUAGUGCAUUUGUUGAGUGUGAAUUCUCAGGAUAGUGUCUUUCUUGAGCAAGUGUUCUCUGCUUUGGGAUACCUGUUUAAGUUUCUAUGGAGAUACAUGAUCAAAGAUAUGGACAAUGUUUACAGUUUGUACUCACCUCUCCUGAGUCAACAACACAAACUUCAUAUCCAACAAUUUGCAGCAGAGAGCUUUGCCUUUCUGGCAAGAAAAGCCAAGGACCAAAACAAACUACUGGACAUGUUGUUUAGCUCUCUGGACGGCCAGGAAGACCUGGGACAAGGCGUCGGGUUUUUGUGCUUUGAGAUGAUCAAAGGUGUCAGGAAGCAGUUUCACUCACAAACUGACUUCUUACUUCCCAUCAUGCUUAGCAAACUUGGCCCUGCUCAGAAAAAAGUUUCACUAGAGCUUCCUUGGAAUUUGGUUCAUCAAAGUUUAUCUCACACUAUCAAGCUGAUUAUCAAGUUCACUAGCAAAGAGCAUGGAGAGAUCAUCGAGAGAUGCCUGACCUCAGAGAUUGACAGACUGCUAUCCCUUGAGCCUUUGCAAGGUGUGGCCAAUCACUUGAGCUCUGCCUUGGAGCUCCUGGAGAUCUGGAUCUCCAGCAAUACAGGGCAGCUAGUGUCUCAUCCUGCUGCUGUUUGUCAGGUUUUACUCCAUCUCUUGAAGAUCCCUUCCCUCCUGAUUCAAGCCUCAUCAUCCAUGCUCAAGUUGGCUUGCUGUCUUCUCAUUUCAAAUUUCCCUGAAGUCGUUAGCCAAAGGCUCCACAAGCAACUUAUCAAAGCAAUAUUCACAAGCUCACUCCCUUUACAUCAACUAUUCUCAUUUUCUAAGACACUCCUUAGAUGGGAUCAGUUUCGUGAGGACGUGAUGCCCCUGCUGCUAGAAAUCUGCCAGAGAGAGCUACUCAAAAAGUCCAGUGAGGUUGAGGAAGUUAUCUUCCUUUUGGCUGAGGUGGUUUUAAGUGGCUUGCUGACAGAGCAAGGUGGACCUGUAUCUGUGGAAUCCAAGAAAGGGCUUUUACUUUUUCCAAAAGCAGCCACAAAAGCAGGAAAAGUGAUUACUGAGAGGUUUCUAGAAGUUCUUCAAGUGAAGUCAAAUUCAUGUCUGGCACUGGCUUGGGGUUCUCUAGUCUGCUUGCCUUGCAUCAGGCCGCUGGAUCAUGACUUGUGCAGCAAGGGGGUGCUUGAGCUGAUUUGUAAGAUAACCGCUAUCCAGUUCAAUGGGGAGACCGAUGAUGAGGUAGCAAACCAGUGGAUGUUUGUGUUGGCCCAAGCUGUCCAGACCUAUCUUCUUAUUAAGCCUUCUCCUGGUGCCACAGAUUUGGGAAUUGAAAUGGUUUCUGAUUUACUAAGAGUAUCUCCAAACAAUGUGCACCUACUCCAGAUGUGUUGCUGCAUACUUUCGCAUGCCCAAGCACAUGGUAACAAGCACCUCCUGUCGACUGACAACCUAGAGAAGGUGUAUCCGCUGCUGUCGUCUAACCUAUCACACCCAGCACACCUUGUACGGCUCAACACCCUACAGAUCCUGAGUGCCUUUGAGCAAUUUCAGUUCACUCCAUCAGAAGAUAGCCCGAACCCUGGCCAAUGUAAACUUUUUGAGAUUUGCCUGGAUGCGGAGCAAACACCCCCUUCUUUCCACCAAUACCGUGACAAGCUGGUACGGCUGCGCAAACUCACCUACAGCUCUGCCUACCACCACGCCCUUCCAGAUUUCUACCAUGAUGUCACAGCACGUUACCUGUUAGGCCAGUUGUACCUGAACUUUAGUCCGAUUUGGGACCCUGUCAUCGAGGUUAUCAAGACCCAUGCGCAAGGAAAGAACGUCAAGAUCUUCUGGGAAGUGUUUCGUGAUCAUUUGAAAAUGGCUGCAAAUGAAGCAGAGAAAUACCUCAGGCACGCUCAACCCUCAGAGACCGCUGAAACCCCUUCCUACACUGCGGGCUCAGCAGAUGAUCUACACUCCCUCUUCACCAGUCUCUUUUCGGUAGCAGUCGGGCCACGGGAGGAUAACCGUACAGAUCACACUAACUUCCGGUUCCUACUAUGGAAGGCCAUGGCAGAGUUCCCAGGAGUGGUGGAAAUCAGAUCACGUGACAUUGUGCCUCUGCUAUUGAGGUUUAUUGAAGCGGAGUACAUGUCCUCAGAUGAAAACACAGCCCCUACACAAGACGUCCGCAGAACAGAACACCCAAGCCCAGCAGAGGACAAAGGGAAAACUGAAGGCACAUUGAAUGACAUUGACAACGGAAGACCGGUUGAUCAGGACGACAAUAACACAGGAAGAGCGCUCGAUCAAGGCGGCAAUAAAACAGGAAGACCGCUCAAUCAGGGCGGCAAUAACACAGGAAGACCGCUCGAUCAAGGCGGCAAUAACACAGGAAGACCAUUUGAUCAAGGAGAUGAUAGUGUAAGGAAAAAUCGCCAGCAAACCGAGGCAUCAGGGAGAAGAGUUGAUAAGGCCGACAACAAGAGACAUCGAAAAGCAGCAACAAAGUCCCUGUGUGCCCAUCUGAACUUGUUUGGUUUGUUCCAUAAUCCUAGAGCCCUCGCUAAAGAGACACAGGUUCGUAAAAUCUAUUUGAGCAUGCUCACACAUCGUGACCCCGCUGUACAGAAGCUUGCGGUCGCCUGUCUACUGACGUACAAGUUUCCAUAUAUGGAGCCAUACCGAGAUCAUGUGAACAAGCUGCUGGAAGACGAGAGUUUCCGGGACGAACUGGCGCUGUUCACUGUGGAUGACGGGAUGGCUGUGGUAGAUCCAGCCCACCGUGAAGAACUGAUGCCGAUUGUGAUAAGAAUCCUCUACGGCAAGAUGCAGCGAUGGACUGGUGCAGGGACUUCUGGGAAAGCAGGAAUCGGUGCUCGUCGUGCUGUUGUACUGCGGUUUCUCGCGAGCUGCCCAACUGAAGAGAUGGCUGUAUUCAUGGAUUUGAUUCUCGCUCCGUUCAAGCAUUUCUCUUCAGAGGUUGGCGUGCCUCCUGACAGUGUUGACCUAUCCGCAGUCGUCCCGCUAAAGAUACAACAAGGCUACCUCACUAUGAUGGGGCAGAUCCUACACCAGUUGGGCGGGGCCGUCAGCAGGUUCCUCCCCCAUCUGUUGCACAUCUGCCUUGUGCUCCUCUACGCAUGCGCACACGCAUUACAGCAUAGAGAUCAGGUUAACCCAUGUUACAUCUCGCUGCUGAAGUCCAUACGACAGCUCGCCAUCAUUAGAAUCGUGGACUUCUUUGAGAUGCUGCCGGCCUUCGAUUUCUCCACAGUGUGCGAGGACGUACUUAAGGCAGCUGUAUGGCCACAGGUUGAAAGUCUUGCGCAGGAGACCAUUCAAAGCCCUUCCCCUCUACUUAAGCUUUUCCAUUGCUGGAGCAAAAAUCCCCGAUACCACCCCCUACUUUCAAGGAAACCCGUCAACUGUCCUGACACGUCAAUCAUGAGUAACGUCUACGACUGCCUGAAAGCCGUGAAUGUCAAUCAGUCUGUUCUUACCAUGGUAAUGGAGAUGACAGAAAAUCUCCUUAGUGCUGAGGAAUAUGUGACUGAGGGUAGUGUGACGGAGGGUGGUGUGACGGAGGGUGGCGUGACGGAGGGUGGCGUGACGGAUUUGAUAAUGUUUGGUUCUGAGCUGAGUGAGAUCCAAGUCCCCAGUUGUGCGCCGUCUCCAAGCUACAGCACCAAGCUCGUCCUUCCUCACCUCUCCUCACUCCUCGACCAUCUCCGGGCCACCGUCAAGACCCUCAGCAAAUCCUCCAAGAAAAACGGUCUCAAAAGAUCCGCUCUCCCGAAACUAGAGCUGUCCGUCUUUUCAAAGAUCAGUCCCUUCGUGAACACCGCUGAAGACUCCGAGUCUUUGAUCAGACUUUUGUUACCGUUCCUGUACAUGCGGCAGCGAGAAGAGACGGAGAACAAUACGCUAAGGACCAUCCAGAACCUUCUACGGAACGUGGAGAGUCCGAGCUCGUUUUCCAAACCACUUGGCAGGCUUUUCUCCCAGCUCAACGCUAGAACCUCCAGGCAGUCCUUGUGCGAGGUGUUCCAAGAGAUCGCAAAAUUAGAGCCGCAUUUUGAGGUCAUUGCUUCGAUCGUGGUGGAUAUGAACUCAUGGGAUCCAAAGCGAAUCGAGGAGCCGAACUUCCAGGCUCGUGUAGGAGCCUUUUCGGCUGCAAGUUGUUUGGUGUUGAGGGGGACUGGUGUGGAGGGUGGUGAAAUGCAAGAGGACACGGUUUCUCCACCACAAGUCCUCCCGGUUGAUAAGCUUCUCCCCUUGCUACACAACUGCCUGUACUUCAUUCACCGAACGGACGACCUAUCCAUCCGGGACAGCGCGGUCAGCGGUCUUCAUGCCAUCAUAAGGAGAGUGGCGGCCAGGGAGACUGAGUUCGAGGAUGUGAUCGUCAACUGCGUUCGGCCCUCUGUUAAACUAGCCCUAAGAGCCAAGAACGAGGCUGCUCGCCUUGAGUUCCUGGGUAUUCUGUCCUACCUUUGUCAGCGGUUUGACCGACCAUGCUUCACAGACAUGCGCAGUUUGUGUGACAAGGACCCAGAGGCAGACUUCUUCGAGAAUAUGCGGCAUAUCCAGCUUCAUCGUCGCAUUAGAGCUCUGCGCCGCUUAGAGACUUACUGCCAGGGCCGUACUCUCACACCAGCCACCUUAACAAGCUACAUGUUGCCCCUAGUUACCAGCUAUCUCCAUGACUACAGCGCUGCUAAGGACCAUAACAUUCUUACGCAAGCUAUAGCUACAGUUGGCGCCAUCGCGAGGUGCUUGCCUUGGAGCAAGUACUCAAACCUUCUAAGGCAGUACCUGAAGGUUUUACAGAGACAGACAGAGAAACAGAAGACAACCGUGCGUAUUGUUGUUGCCCUUCUGAACGCGUUCCAUUUCAACUUGAGUAACCUGAAGCUAGAUGUAAAACCAAGUCAGACCACUCACGAAAAACCGCGAGAAGCUGGUGGGCAAGAGACAAAAGCUCCUGAUAAUGAUGCUGAUGGUGAAGAGAAGGCUGAAGAUGAUCGCGUUGCUGAUGAUGAUAACGACGAUGAUGAUGAUGGUGAUGAUGAUGAAGAAGCUAAUAGCGAUGUUAUUGACAAAGUGCUCGCUCAGAGAAUCUAUGAGUCCCUGGCCACGCGAAUCUUACCUCAACUUCUCAAGACGAUGAUAAAAAAGGGCCAGUCUGUUCACAAGUUAAGCCAUAGCAAGGCUGACGAUCAGGACAGCGCAUUAAGAGUACCCAUCGCUCUCGCCAUCGUUAAGCUGUUACAAGCACUGCCCGAGCACACCUUACACCUUCAUCUACCGGGUCUGCUGAUGAAGGUAUGUAUGACGCUGAAAAGCCGCGCGCGGGACGUGCGGGAUGCCGCGCGUGACACGCUAUGUCGGAUCGCCGUCACUCUCGGGACCAAGUACUUGUCCUUCGUGCUGAAGGAGAUGAGGACGGCGCUGACAAGAGGAUAUCAGCUACACGUGCUUGGCUUCACCUUGCACUCCCUGUUGGAGCGGAUGACGUCACAGCUGUCACCUGGCAACCUGGACCACUGCCUGCCGGAGAUUACUGAGGUUCUGGUAGAAGACUUGUUUGGCGAGAUAUCAAGUGAGCGAGAAGUGGAAAAGAUCACAGGCAAACUUCACGAGGCAAAAGCGAGCAAAAGUCAAGACUCUUUUGAGAUCCUUGCCAAGUUCGUGGGCGCCUCUUCCGUCACACUUCUAGUCACGCCACUCAAACAGGUACUAGACACGCACCAGAGCCACAAAAUUUCCCGCAUUGUUGAGGAGUCGUUCCGCCGUAUUGGUGUUGGACUCCAGGCUAAUGAGAGCAUCGAUACACAGACUAUGCUCGUAUUGGUUCACGGAUUGACCAGUGAACGACUGGUAGAGCUCACAGCUCAAGAUAAAAUUGAGAAGAAAGAACCCAGUCCCCCUCCAGACCCACGCCUGAGGAGUACUGAUACCUACACUAUUCAACCGGAAGUAACGCGUGGCGGGAAAACGCCGGAAGCAAGCACGCGCACAAAUGCACACGUGGUAGUUGAGUUUGGAUUACAGUUGCUUCACACUACAUUGAAGCGAGGCAAGGUUUCAACCGCUGACCAGUUACACCUGCAGAUGCUGGACCCAUUUGUUUCAAUGAUGACGAAGUGUCUCCAGGCCAAACACACCAAGGUCCUCACCCUCGCAUUGAGAUGCUUAUGCUGGAUUGUCAAAUUCCCCCUCCCCUCCCUGGACAAAUUAGUGCCGCAGAUUGCUAAGCUGCUUUUCAAGCUCCUCAAGAAGUAUGCGAUGGCGGGAGCCAAGAUCGGCGACAACUACGAGAUGGUGCUAUCAGCAUUCAAGACAAUGACCGUUAUAAUCCGAGAAUUCAAAAAAUAUACAAUCGCCCAGAAGCACCUUCAGGUUCUGUUGGCUUUUGUGGAAGAGGAUAUACACGAUUACACGAGGCAAGGCACAGCCUUCCCACUUCUCCGGGCGAUCCUCAGCAGAAGACUCAUGGUGCCUGAAAUUCAUGACGUCAUGGCAAAAGUAGCCCAGCUGUCAAUCACGGGGGCCACGCCUAGUAUACAGCAGCAAUGUAGACAGUGCAUGGCACAGUUUAUGUUGGAUUAUCCUCUCGGGAAAAAACUGCAACGAAACCUGGAAUUUUACGUUUCUCAACUGGGAUAUGAACACGAGACGGGACGAGAGUCAGCCCUCGAGAUGCUAGCCUCGAUUUUCUCUACUUUCCCUGAGAAACUACUGUUCGAAUACUCCGGGUUUUUCUUUGUGCCGCUGACCACACGACUUGUGAACGACGAUUCGGGGAAGUGUCGAAAAUUGACCGCGCUUACGAUUAAAACACUGCUACAAAAGCUCGACAUGGAGAGGCGAGAUGCUUUGUUCACUAUGGUAACGCAGUGGCUCGCUGGAGAAAAGGUCUCUUUGCGUCGUCUGGCGGCUCAGGUCAGCGGUUUGUUUGUGGAGGUGGAGGGCAAGAGCUUUGAGCGAAGAUUGCCGACUGUCCUACCCCUCCUUAGUAGCAUUAUCGACCCCGCCAACUACGAGAAGGAGUUUGAAGAGACAGAGGAGGGUGAUGAAUCGUCCCUAAAGGCAAACGACCAUUUGCUGUUCAAUGCGCUGACCACGAUAGCCAAACUUGUCAAGGAGUGCAACCUUAUUCGCGCCAAUAAGAGGCAAGAGGAGAUGACUGUGAUAUGGGAGUCCGUCGAGUCCCAUCUCACGUAUCCCCACGCGUGGGUGCGCCUUGUCUCGUGCCGUCUGUUUGGCCUUCUCUUUGCCGCGUGGACUCCACAGGAGCUUUCUUUCGCUUCUACUUCUGGGUCAAAGGAAUUUCUUGCUCAAGAAUCUCUAGAAAAGGUAUCCCAGCUGUGUGAUGAUUUCUGUGUGCAGCUCGACUCGCCUUUCCUUGACAACGACCUUGGGGAUCAGGUCGUGAAGAACCUCGUGUUUCUUGCGAAGGUUUUACACUACAACAUGUCGCCCGAAACUAACGGGACAAAAGCGGGUCGCGGAACGGGCAGCGGGAUUUCGCUCGAAACGUUGAUUUCAAAGAUGGAGCGGCUAGCGACACACGAGGCUUCGCAGACGCCCAAGGUCACGCGAAAGAGAACUUGUGUGUUGAAGUGGCUUGCCGCGCUCGCGAUGGCUCUUGGGAAGGAUGAUGUCAGACCGUACUUACAACACGUGGUUGAGCCCAUCCAUCGAGAGCUGGAAAUACCUACAACAUACAAAGACCCCGCUCUGCAGUCUUUGGCCCAGGAGGUGCUGUCGCUUGUGAAGGGCCUGGUGGGGAGAGAAGCUAUGUCGGAGGUGUAUGCCUCACUACAACACGGCGUCAUGGAGACCAAGGAGAAGAGGAAACGGCAGCGGGCUCUAGAGGCCGUAGCCGACCCAGCGGAAAGCGCAAGGCGAAAAUUCAAGAGAAAUUUGUCGAAGAAGGAAACAAGAAAGCGAAAGUUAGACGCUCUGAAGCCAGACAGAAAGAUGAAACGAGCUCGAAGCAAAGUAGAGAAAAGCCAAAGUGGCGUGUUAGAUUUUUAGGAACAGCGAUGUACAACGAUGAUGUACAGAGAUCCGGACUCAUUUUUAAAUACUGCAGACGAUGUACAGAGAUCCGUACUCAUCCUGCUUUAAGCAUUUCUCGAGGCUUUUAUAUGUUAUUGUGACUCGCGCUACCGUGGUCACCAAUUCAUUGAGGAUAUGACGCUUUCGCGUCAAAAUUUGUUUCCACCACUGGACAAUUAACUUCAUAUCUUCGAGCCAUCGUGUAAUGUUCUUUUUAUUAUAUGGAAAACUGAAUCGAAAAUAGAAAUGGGCUGGAAAGCUGUUUUGAUUUGACGCGCGCGUACAUCCGGGACAUUGCGGUACAUAUCGUUUCCAUAUCUUCACUUGUAAAAAAAUAUGGAUAAAACGAGUGUUUUAGUUUCUGGUAAAACACUACUAUCCAUAUAA